AUGCCAGACGACAAAAAGCCCCCAGACAACGCCAUCCCCCCUCCUCCCAUGGAUCCUUUCCCCACCUAUCAGACUCCCUAUCCUCGCUCCAACAAAGACGACGAGAACCCAUUCAUCCUAUUCCGUCGCUUUGCUGAUGAGCAGUUCUCGUCAUUCUUCUCAGGCUUUCCCCAUUUCUUUGGCCUCUCCUCCGGCCGCAGUGACCGCUGGAAGAAGGAAGUUGACGACCUGAUGCGCCAGAGACAGGAGUGGGAGGAAGGUUUUCGGAAGCAGGUUGAGCAGGAGUGGGAGGAGAUGAGACAGCAGUUGGAAAAGUCCAAGAUGGAAGCCUGGAAAUCGAUGGAAGAAGCAUGGAAACAACACUCGAAUGAGAGCAGGAGUGAUGCGAAGGAUGCACCCUGGUGGACUCGAGGCAGGGCUGCCCAUUGUCCUGCCCUGAACGGCCAGGAGCCACAGAAGAAUGCCGACAAGUGUCCAGCCCUCUACGAUGAAGCGGACCAACCGAGAACAGAAUUGGAUGCUUACGAUGCGUUACCCUGGAAAGAAAAUGGCACACAAGUCUCGGUGGCUGAGGCCUCAGCGGAACAGCCGACCGAGAAGAAGCCUUUCGGGUCAUGGUUCUCCGCUCUUGGAUGGGACGGCAGGCAGAGAGAGAAAUAUUCAAGAAACAACGGCAGCAACAAUGUCGCGACCGAAGACCGUGCUCCUCGAAUCGCGGGACCGAUCCCUCCGCCUUCUCCAUAUUCCUUCUGGGCAGCCCGCCGCAUGCAACCGUUCAACAAUUCGGACGAGACAAUCCCUUGGCUUCUGCUCAGCCCUUACUCUCCCAUCUACCUCUGCAAUCCUGCACAACCGCGACUUUUCAAGGUCAAGAUCCAAGACUCGGAAGGAGUUCCAUUCCAGAUCUCUGAUGCCACAUUCUUCGAGAGACUGUAUACGAACAUAGACGAGAAGAUGGCGAGACGUAGGCCCUGGGCAGAUGCAUUUGAGGAUUUGUUGAGUCUUCAGCAGACAGGAAAGAUGGUCGAGAGGGACAACUGGAAUACCUGGAGGACCCCCAACACUUGGAUACACGACAUGGUAAGCCGGGGCAGCUUUGGGCCUUUGUGGGGCUUUAACGAACAGGGCAUGCUGGUCAAACGGGCUCACGGCCAACGUAUUCCAACGACGGCCGAACCUUCAUUGAAAUUCGAAGACCGGUGUGGCAGAUGGCGCCAGAACCACCAAUGUCGACGCAACAAAUCCGCUGAAGAUGCAGGCGCAGAGGAGGAACAAUACGUCCCCACAGAACUCAGAAGUAGGCUAGCUCACUCCCCAGACGCCAACAGCUCCGGUGCGAUUGCUCCAGACCAUGGCGAAGCGGCUACAGAGGAAGGCGAUGCAGGCGAUUCAGAGGAUUCAACUUCUCUCUACACGACAUCGCCUUCAUUAUCUUACUCGUAUGGCUCCUCUGCCAGCAAUGACAAUGACCAGGAUGCUACCAAGUCUGUGGUCUCGACCCUUACGACGCUUCGCACGCGUACGUUACCCGAUGGCUCCAUCGAGUCUAAACUUGUCUUGAAAUCGCGCUUCGCGGACGGCUCAGAAGAGAUUCAAGAUUUUGGGACAGUAAAUAGUGCCAACCCGCACGCCUUGACCAAGACGGAGGAUAAGGAGACACAAACUUGGCCUCAAUCGGACCACGCUCAAUUGCCGAAGGGCGAACAUGCCAAGGGAAGCCAACGGGAUGUGUUCGACAUGUAUCGAGACCAACUCCGACUGCUUGAGGACCAGCAAACGAAAAAGGAUGAGUACCAGCGGCAGCAGGAGCAGGAGUCAGAAGGGUCAAAGCGGUUCCCUCGAAGGAUUCCAAUUUCGACAGAUGAGCCAGAGGCCAAGUCGGAGCACGAGCAGCUGCCCCUGCCAACACAGCAGCAGCAACAACAGCAAGAGAAGGACAUUAACGGUGAGCGACCCAGACGGAGUGGCGGUGGAUGGUUUUGGAACUAA